UCUUUGAGGCUGCAUGAGAAUGGCAUCUACGGAGACGAUGCAUGUGGUAUGGGAGGAUGUGAUGGUGAUGAUACCGAACUUCGGAGAAGGUCCAACGAGGAGGUUGCUUAAUGGAUUGAACGGUUUUGCAGAGCCAAGUAGGAUCUUGGCCAUCAUGGGCCCUUCUGGCUCCGGUAAAUCUACGCUUCUUGAUGCAUUGGCAGGAAGAUUAGCUGGAAACGUCGUUAUGAGCGGAAAAGUUCUUGUCAAUGGGAAAAAGGCAAGGCUUGACUUCGGCGCUGCUGCUGCUUAUGUAACACAAGAAGAUGUCUUGCUAGGAACUCUAACAGUGAGAGAAACCCUAGCUUACUCUGCCCAUCUCAGGCUCCCAUCGACACUCACCAACCGAGAAAUCUAUGGCGUUGUCGAAGCAAAAAUCACAGAGAUGGGUCUGGAGGAUUGCUCCGAUCAUGUCAUCGGGAACUGGCACUUGCGUGGAAUAAGCGGCGGAGAGAGGAAACGCCUCAGCAUCGCCCUCGAGAUCCUCACGGAGCCCAGUCUCCUCUUUCUAGACGAACCCACAAGUGGACUGGACAGCGCCUCCGCUUUCUUCGUGGUUCAGAUUCUCAGGAACAUCGCCGGCAAUGGAAGAACCGUGAUUUCCUCCAUCCAUCAGCCGAGCAGCGAGGUUUUUGCCGCCUUUGAUGAUCUGCUCCUCUUGUCUCGGGGAGAGACCGUUUACUUUGGGGAAGCGAAAUCUGCCUCUAAGUUCUUUGGCGAAGCGGGUUUCCCAUGCCCAAGCAGAAGAAACCCAUCUGACCACUUCCUCCGGUGCGUGAAUUCUGACUUUGACGAUGUCACAGCAACUUUGGCUGAAUCUCGCAGGAUGCAUGUGAGUAGUCUUCUGCAGCAUUCUUGUGAAACUCGAAACCCGUUAGAACCACUCGAGGAUCUACCGACAUCAGAAAUCAGGGCAACACUUGUCAGAAAAUUCAGAUGUUCAGAAUAUGCAGCGGCUGCAAGAGCAAAAAUGCAAGAGGUUUUAUCAAUUCAGAAAGGGCUUGUUACUGAAAGGAAACGAGGGUGCCAAGCAAAAUGGUGGAAACAACUCAGGACACUUACUCACCGGUCUUUCAUAAACAUGUCUAGAGAUUUGGGGUACUACUGGAUACGGAUUGUUGUCUAUAUAGUACUGUCUGUUUCUGUUGGUUCGGUUUUUUUCAAUGUCGGAAAAAGCCACAAGGAUGUCUUUGCUCGUGGAGCUUGUGGCGCGUUCAUGGCGGGUUUCAUGACAUUCAUGUCAAUAGGAGGUUUCCAAUCUUUCAUCGAAGAAAUGAAGGUAUUUUCUCGAGAAAGGCUCAACGGGCAUUACGGGGUUGCGGUGUACACACUGUCCAAUUUCUUAUCCUCGUUGCCCUAUAUAUUCCUAAUGUGUGUUUCUACCACCUCCAUCACAUACUACAUGGUGAAAUUCCAAUCUGGGAUUUCUCAUUUCGCUUUCUUGUGUCUCGACCUCAUCGGUGGAAUAGCUGUUGUGGAGAGUUGCAUGAUGAUGAUAGCUUCAGUGGUUCCUAGCUUCUUAAUGGGAGUGAUGGUCGGAGCUGGGUACAUAGGUGUUAUGCUGAUAAGCUCGGGUUUUUUCCGACCAUUCCCGGACUUACCAAAGGUGUUCUGGCGCUACCCAGUGUCCUAUGUAAACUAUGGGGCAUGGGCUCUACAGGGAGCAUUCAAGAAUGACAUGAUAGGGAUGGAAUUUGAUUCUCCAUUACCAUUGGGGCCGAAAAUGAAAGGGGAGCACAUCUUAAAAACCAGACUGGGGAUUAACCCCGAGCGUUCAAAGUGGUUGGACUUGGCAGCCGUAGCGAUGAUCCUACUCGUGUAUAGGCUUCUCUUCUUUGCCAUACUCAAGUUCAAGGAAAAGGUUUUCCCGUUGGUUCACACUCUGUACACGAGGAAGACCCUGACCCACAUCCGGAAAAGGCCCUCUUUCAGAAAAAUGGCACCCUUCCCUUCCAAGAGGCAUCAGGUUCCCCAUGCCCUUUCUUCUCAAGAAGGACUUAACUCUCCACUACGAUAGAUUUGUUGAUGAAGUUAAUGCAGGAAAAAACAAAGCUGACCAAGUUGAGACAGGUACGGAUGAAGACAAGAAGUUGAAGAAGAAGUUAUGUUGCAG